AUGGAACUUACAAUGGACAAUCUUGGGAAUCUGCACAGCGCGUCUCACUCGCAGUCUGGGGACCUCAUGAGCGCUUCCCACGGCAGGCAGUCCUCUCAUCGGAACCUGGUGUCGCACAGCCGGCCCGCUAUGGUCUCCAGCAUGGCUUCUAUCCUGGAAGGCGCAGGGGAUUACCGGUCGGAUCACAGCCUGGCAGGGUCCCUGCACCCGGCCAUGAGCAUGUCUGCCUGCGAAUCCCAGUCCGGCAUGAGCCUCAGCAACACCUACACCACCCUGACCCCCCUACAGCACCUGCCGCCCAUCUCCACGGUCUCCGACAAGUUCCACCAUCACCCUCACCACCACCACCACCACCACCACGCACACCAGCGGCUCGCCGCCAGCAACGUCAGCGGCAGCUUCACCUUGAUGCGGGACGACCGGAGCCUGGCUUCCAUGGGAAACGUGUACAGCCACUACCCGAAGGGCAUGUCCAGCAUGGGCCAGCCGCUUUCUCCGCUCUCCAACGGCCUCGGUUCUUUGCACAACUCCCAGCAGACCCUCGGCCCCUACGGCCCAGGGGGUCACCUGUCCAACGAGAAGAUGCUUUCGCCCAACGGGUACGAGUCGCACGCUGCCAUGCUGUCCCGGAGCGAGGACCACUUGGCUCGGGGGCUCGGGGGGCCGGGAGCCGGCAUGAUGUCAGCACUGAACGGCAUGCACUCACACGGGCACCACCAUGCCCAGUCCAGUGGCUCCAUACUGUCCGAGAGGGACAGACAAGAGGCGGGCGGAUCUCAGGGCGUGGGGUCCGGGCAAGUGGAGGAAAUCAACACGAAAGAGGUGGCUCAGAGGAUCACGGCGGAGCUAAAGCGCUACAGCAUCCCGCAGGCGAUUUUCGCGCAGCGGAUCCUGUGCAGGUCCCAGGGCACACUAUCGGACCUGCUUCGGAAUCCUAAACCGUGGAGUAAACUCAAGUCUGGCCGGGAGACCUUCAGAAGGAUGUGGAAGUGGCUCCAGGAACCGGAGUUCCAAAGGAUGUCUGCGCUCAGACUGGCGGCCUGCAAGCGCAAGGAGCAGGAGCAGCACAAGGACCGCAACCUGGUGCCCAAGAAGCAGCGGCUGGUGUUCACAGAUCUGCAGCGACGGACCCUCAUCGCCAUCUUCAAGGAGAACAAGCGGCCCUCCAAGGAGAUGCAGAUGACCAUCUCCCAGCAGCUGGGCCUGGAGCUCAACACCGUCAGCAACUUCUUCAUGAACGCUCGCCGCCGCUGCGUGGACCGCUGGCACGAGGACCACAGCGGGAGCCCUGGGCAGCCAGGGACCUCCACCAGCACCUUCUCCAAGGCAUGAGGAGGGACCCUCUCCCUCCCUCCCCCCCUGACCCGACCCCGACCCGACCCCGACCCAAACCAACCGCCAAGAGGCCGCGGUGCAGCCAGACUCACACGCAGACACACACCCUCCCGUGCGGUGCCUCACAGACAUGAAGCAUGCACA